AAGCGCGGGAGUUGUCGCGGCGGAGCCAUGGUGGACCACCUAAGUGAAGGGGCCAUUGCGGCCAUAAUGCAACAGGGAGACACAUCUAUAAAACCCAUCCUCCAAGUCAUUAACAUCCGUCCCAUUACUACAGGGAAUAGUCCACCCCGUUAUCGACUGCUUAUGAGUGAUGGGUUGAACACUCUAUCCUCUUUCAUGUUGGCAACACAGUUAAACGCUCUCGUUGAAAGCGAACAAUUGUCUAGCAACUGUAUUUGCCAGAUUAACCGAUUUAUUGUUAACACGCUGAAAGAUGGAAGGAGAGUAGUUAUUUUGAUGGAGUUAGAAGUUUUGAAAUCAGCUGAAUCAGUUGGAUUAAAAAUUGGCAAUCCAGUGGCCUAUAAUGAAGGACAUGGGCAGCAGCAGCAGGUAGUUCCUUCUCCAGUCUCAGCAGCCAGUCCACCAACCAGCAAGCCCCAGCAACAGAAUGGGAGCCCAGGAAUGGGUUCCACUGCAUCUAAGGAUUAUGGUGCCGCAAAGAUAUUUGGAAAAGCUGGAGGAACAGGCUUAGUGAACAGCUCUGGGGGAACACAAGCCAAAGUGGUACCGAUUGCUAGUCUCACCCCUUACCAAUCCAAGUGGACUAUUUGUGCUCGUGUUACCAACAAAAGUCAGAUCCGUACCUGGAGCAACUCCCGAGGGGAAGGGAAGCUGUUCUCUCUCGAACUAGUGGAUGAAAGUGGCGAAAUCAGAGCUACUGCUUUCAAUGAGCAAGUGGACAAGUUCUUUCCUCUGAUCGAUGUAAACAAGGUCUAUUAUUUCUCUAAAGGCACUCUGAAGAUUGCUAACAAACAAUUCUCGGCUGUUAAAAACGACUAUGAGAUGACCUUCAAUAAUGAGACUAAUGUCAUGCCCUGUGAGGAUGAUCAUCAUGUACCUACCGUUAAGUUUGAUUUUACAGGGAUUGGCGACCUAGAGAGCAAAUCUAAGGACUCGCUUGUAGACAUAAUUGGGGUCUGCAAGAGCUGUGAAGAAGCCACUAAAAUCACGGUGAAGUCUAACAACAGAGAAGUUUCUAAGAGAAAUAUCUAUUUGAUGGACAUGUCAGGGAAAGUGGUGUCCGCUACUCUGUGGGGAGAAGACGCUGAUAAAUUUGAUGGUUCUAGACAACCCGUGAUGGCUAUCAAAGGAGCCCGAGUUUCUGAUUUUGGUGGCCGGAGCCUCUCUGUCCUGUCUUCUAGCACAGUCAUUGUGAAUCCUGACAUCCCAGAGGCCUAUAAGCUUCGCGGAUGGUUUGACUCAGAAGGACAAACCUUAGAUGCUGUUUCCAUCUCAGACCUGAAGAGUGGACUAUCAGGGGGCAACACCAACUGGAAAACUUUGUAUGAGGUGAAAUCGGAGAACCUGGGCCAAGGUGACAAGGCGGACUAUUUUAGCUCUGUGGCAACAGUGGUGUUCCUUCGCAAAGAGAACUGUCUGUAUCAGGCCUGCCCAACUCAGGACUGCAAUAAGAAAGUGAUUGAUCAACAGAAUGGAUUGUACCGCUGUGAGAAGUGUGACCGUGAAUUUCCCAAUUUCAAGUACCGCAUGAUCCUGUCAGCAAACAUUGCUGACUUUCAAGAGAAUCAGUGGGUCACUUGUUUCCAGGAGUCUGCGGAGGCUGUCCUUGGACAAAGCACCACUUAUCUUGGGGAGUUAAAAGAAAAGAAUGAGCAAGCAUUUGAGGAAAUUUUCCAGAAUGCCAACUUUCGAUCUUUCAUAUUCAAGAUCAGGGUCAAACUAGAGACCUACAAUGACGAGUCUCGAAUUAAGGCCACAGUGAUGGACGUGAAGCCUGUGGACUACAGAGAAUUUGGCAAAAGGCUGAUCAUGAACAUCAGGAGAAACGCAGCAAUGUGAAAAGAGCAGUGGUGAUUGGGCAGAUGUUUGAAAAUAAAGAGCUGAAAUGAAACUGAUCUCUUCUCACCCCGUGUGACAAUUUCACAUUAGCUACGCAGUGCCUAGCGCCUCUUUAUGGCGGACUAAGCAAUUUCCUCUCUUAUGUGUGUCUUGGACCCCACUGGUAAGCAAAGGAGAAUAUACUCAGAUGACUGCGGUGUUAACAGUCAGACCACAGGGCUUACCGGCGGGUAGUGUAGUACCACUCACUUCCUUCGUCUUCGGGCUUUUGUCGGUUUUAUUAAGGUGUCAUUAUCGUCAAGCAGGAAUUAUGUCACAAGUGAUUGACCCUAAAUCUGCAGACAGUAAAAUAAAUUAUGUAACGAGGGUUUCUGCUUCUCCAGUGGUGACACCUUCACAACUUGGGUUCCUUCUCAGGAGGGCGAGCCGAGAAGUGGUUGUGCAGAACCUGGUAUUUUAGUAAGCGUGCCUUCCUAGAGUUCAAAGGCUCUCUUUCUAGAGGUGCCACAUAGUUGUUCAUGCUUGGAAUGGCAAAAGGGGAGAAUUAUUAAUCAAAGACAUAUCUUUUAUAUCUGAAGAAUAUCCUUCCUCCAGGGUUUAAUAGACCAAGUCAGAUGGGCCUGAUAUUAAUCAAAAUUGUCUCUUCUGAGGAAGGCUGAUAAGCAUUGACUUGCUGUCUGUCCCCUGGGGACUUCCAGGCAACUACAAAGCAUUGCUUUAGUUUUCACUUCAAUUAAUGUUGCAUUUGGGUUGGUGAAUGUAUACUUUCUCUACCUGUACAUAUUUCUUGCAUUUGUGAUUCAUUUCUUGAUUAAAGCUGUGUUAAUAGGAGGGACUUUGAAGGAAGAAGCCUUUUUUUUCCCUUGCUUUGUCUUAAUAAACAGUAUAUUCUUUGCACGUGAA